AUGGCCGGCAUCGAAAAGCUCGAGUCCUACAUCGUCCGCUGGGUCAAGGUUGAAUCGGACCACACGCUGUCGUGGAGCGUUCAGCCGCACAAAAAGUCCAUAAACUUUGGCCUCGUCAAGCACCCCGGCAGCGGCGCCACCACGAUCCUCUGCUCCAACGGCGACGACCUCGACGCGACGCCGAUCCAGGGCCUCGCCGACGGCAAGGCCGCCCGCUUCCCCAAGAAGGAGUCGACGGCGCAGGACCUUUUGACCGGCAAGGGCUUCAUCCCCAUCAAAUGGCACGGCAGGUGCGAGGCGGACAAGGUGUCCAUCGGCACCUAUGAUGUUCGGCCCGGCCAGGGCGGCAUGUACGGCCUCGUCUUCGACAACACCUUUUCCAAGCAGACAUCCAAGACGGCCACCUUUGUCGUCCUCACCUACCCGACGGGAUCGGCGCCGCAGAGCACCAAUCACCUGCCGAACCUUCAGCUGCCCAACGCCCAGUCGAGCCAGACGAGCCUCGGGAGGCAUGGCAGCCCGCGCAACGAAUCCGGACCGUCCGCCUCGGUCGACAGCCUCCAGAGCCAGUUCGCCCAGGGUCGAACGACGUCGACGUCGACAAAGGGCGAGGCCGCCAACGGCCAGAAGACGUACCACGUCGGCACUCUGUCCAAGAGGAGGCGCAAGAAGGGCCAGGGCUACGCCCGCCGCUUCUUCUCCCUCGACUUCUCCACCUGCACCCUGUCGUACUACUACAACCGCAACUCGUCGGCGCUGCGAGGCGCCAUCCCCCUCAGCUUGGCCGCCAUCGCCGCCGACGAGAGGCGGCGAGAGAUCAGCAUCGACUCCGGCGCCGAGGUCUGGCACCUGAGAGCCCCCAAUGACAAGGAGUUCCAGCAAUGGGCCCGCGCCCUCGAGAAGGCGAGCCGGCUGGCGAGGGGGGUGGAGGUGAUGCAGGAACCGACGAAGCCGAAGCUGAGGCUCGACAGCCGCGCCCUCAAGCCCUCCUCGGACUCGAGCCAGGCCGAGGACGUCGAGUGGCAGCAGGUCGAGACCCUGGUCAGCCGCGUCGUCGGCACCCGCGACGCCCUCCGCCGGCUGACGAGGGACGUCGCCGCCCUCCCGAAGCCGUCUCCCUCGGCCCAAUACCUCGCCCCGGGCGCCGCCAAGGCGGCGGAGGAUGCCAAGGACAGCUACUUUCCCCCGCAGGCAGCGGAGAGGAAGCCGUUCUGGAAGCGAAUGUCGAGCGCCUCCACCUUGACGGCCUCGGGCCCCUCGCCCACCCUCGGCGCGACGCCCGACGACGCGACGCCGCCGGGUCUCGACGGCGGCAAGGUCGCCAAGCGCAGAUCCAGAGGAAGCGUGCAGCAGGAAAAGUCGAUGCACGACCAUUGCGGCGCGCUGCUGUCCGACCUCGACUCCGUCGUGACCGAGUUCACCUCGCUCAUCUCCAACAGCAAGAGGCGCCGGCUGCCGGUGCCGCCCUCGGCCGGCGGUGCCUCUCGGGCGAGCAUCGACACGACCUCGACGGCCGACGAGUUCUUCGACGCCGAAGACGUCAAGUCGACCGUCGUCAACAUCGACGGCAGCGAGGAUGAAUCCAACCACACCGACGCCGAGGAUGCGGACACGCAGGACGGCUCGUCGGUGUCGUCGGUCGGGGAUGACGAACCCCUCGACGCCGACAGUGCCGGCCACCUGUUUCCGUCGAGGCCCAAGAGCCUCGCGCCGCUGCCGAUGGAGAAGACGGUACCCCGAAGGACGGCGAUACCGGCCGCGACGGCCCAGCCGCCGAGCCUCAUCGCCUUUGUCCGCAAGAACGUCGGCAAGGACCUCAGCACCAUCAGCAUGCCCGUGUCGGCCAACGAGCCCAUUUCGCUGCUGCAAAAGGUGGCCGAGCAGCUGGAGUACGCCCAGCUGCUCGACAGGGCCGCGAGGCAGAGGAGCGCCACGGAACGGCUGCUGUUCGUCACCGCCUUCGCCGUGGCCCAGUUCAGCAGCGGCCGUGCCAAGGAACGGGCCGUUCGGAAGCCCUUCAACCCUCUCCUCGGCGAGACGUUUGAGCUCGUCCGCACGAGCGGGGAGGUGCCUGGCGGCUUCAGGCUCCUCGUCGAGAAGGUGCAGCAUCGGCCCGUCCGGCUCGCCAUGCACGCCGACUCGGCGAGCUGGUCCUUUUCGCAAUCGCCCGCGCCCGGGCAAAAGUUCUGGGGCAAGAGUGCCGAGAUCACGACGGACGGCCGGGUGCGCAUCGUGCUGCGCCUGUCGGACGGCAAGGACGAGUUCUACUCGUGGAACAUUGCCACCAUGUUCCUCCGGAACGUCGUCAUGGGCGAAAAGUACGUCGAGCCGGUGGGCACCAUGAACGUGAUCAACGACAGCACCGGCCACAAGGCGAGCGUCGAGUUCAGGAGCAAGGGCAUGUUCGGCGGCAGGGCCGAGGACGUGCACGUCAGCACCUUUGCUCCGGACGGCACCGACACGGGCAGCGGCCUCGUCGGCACCUGGACGACGGGCCUCAGGACCGUUGGCCCCGGCAAGGCGGCGAGCGAGGAGGUCUGGAAGGCGGGCCCGAUGGUGGACAACGCCUCGCAGACGUACGGCAUGACGCUCUUCGCCGCGUCGCUCAACGAGAUGACGGACGUUGAGCGGGGAAGGCUCGCGCCGACGGACAGCCGGCUGCGGCCGGACCAGCGACUCGCCGAGCGGGGCGACCUCGAGGCGGCCGAGGCGUGGAAGCACAAGCUCGAGGAGGCCCAGCGGACGCGGCGGAGGGAUUUGGAGGAACGAGGGGAGACGUACAGGCCACGGUGGUUCGUCAAGUCGGACCAGUCGCCCGAGGGCGAGGAGGUGUGGAAGAUCAAGGGGGGCAAGGACGGAUACUGGGAGGAGAGGGCCAAGGGGAGCUGGACCGGCGUCGAGGCCAUCUUCCACGUGCCGGACGAGUAG